UUGUGUUUACGUUGUGUUCGAAGGUGUGAUCACGGCGUAUUUUCUUGCUUCUCCGAUUACUACGGCAUAAGAAAUGUUCUUAUCUUACUCACUUCCUGAUAUAUAUAUGACAUGGUGAGACAGGUCAAAGCUGACAUCGAAUUAAAAGCUGUAACGGCACGAUGGCGAGCAAAACUCGAGGAAAAAAUCAACGUUUAAUAUGUAUCGCCAUUUUGAUGUUGUUUCUUGUUUUCGAAACAACACAAGCGGGGAUAUCGUUGUACAUUCAUCGCACGUUUGCUGCCGAUCAAAUGGGUUUGGAUACAAAAAAUGAUAUAUUUUUAAUCAAGAAUGGGAAAAGGAAUGAUGUAUUUAACAAUCCUGCCCUAUUUAGACAGACAACAACUCCACUGGCAGCGACCUUGAACCGGGUUGAACUAACAUGGCAAGCUUUCAACCACGAAGAACGUUAUUCGUUGCGUGUGACCUCGGGAAAUCUCAAAAUCAUGAAAAAUCCGACCGUGAGUCUACCAAAUCUGAAAGGAAUUAUAUCUAAAGCAUCUGACACGUUUGAGGUUUCUUUAAAAUGCACGGGUUUGGUUCAAGGACUAGUCGAUAUUCAUUUUGCGUUGAACUAUACAAAUUACAUGAAGACCACCGGGCGCUCGUUGGAAUUCACGCUGGAAUUUGUUCUUUCGAAACAUUGCGAUCGAAGCGAAAAGAGUCUUAAGAAGGGAGCAAAUGAAUCAAGUAAUCAAAAGCCAGUAGAUCGAACGCUUGUAGUCACGGUUAGCGCUGUUUUAGCCUUUCUCGUUUGUGUCAUUCUAGCUGUCGUGUUUUUCUGGCGGUACGUGAAGCGAAUACGAAAAAAAUUUAGCUUCGAUGAAGGGCUAGAGAGAUUAGCCUCUCCUAGAGAGAGCUUUGGGUCAUCAAGUAUUUCGAUUCCUGUGCCAUCUCAAGUUCCUACUGUUGUAUAUUCUCCCAAAAAACACACGUCCGGACAAUUCUGUACGAAAGUUGCGAAAUGUGAUGAAAAACCUCGUGAAACAACAAUACAAGGGCAUUCUUGCGAGACGCGUGUAGUAACAAGCUCACAACAAGAUCUUAGUAAUGUCCCGUACAGACCUUUUUCAUUUAACAGACAAUCAUCGAGCAAAGAAAGUAAGCUUUUUACACAAAUAAGCAUCCCAGAAGAUGAAGUGUUUAUUUCAGAUGAAACUGACGUAGCACUGGCACAAAGUCAAGACGAACAUAAUGAAACAUUAUCGCUGGCGAAAGAUGCAUCGGACAGUCAGUUAGCUUUUGCGACAUUGAAUGAAUAUUGGUCCGAAAAGCUGGGUGAGAGUGUAAAAUCUCGCGAUCAUGUCGAAAUUCGUAGCGAGGUAUUAGGACAAGGCACUUUUGGACGUGUAAUGCGUGGGAAGCUAAUCGUGGCGUGCAAAGCUACGGAAGCCGAUGUUGAUUUAGCUGUGAAAAUUUGUCAGGAAGAUGUCGAUUUCGACCAAAUGAUCGCCUUUGUUAACGAAGCAAUUUUAAUGAAAAAAUUGUCGCACGAAAAUCUACUAAACCUACUUGGUGUAGUUCUUCAAGUUGGCUCAUCUCCGCUUAUUUUAACUUCAUACAUGCAACAUGGUGAUUUGCAUAAAUUCUUACGCCAUUCCCGCGGAAUUGGUAUUCGAAGACAGCUCAUUGGUUCUAAGCAGUUGGUAAAUUUUGGAAGUCAAAUAGCCAGAGGUAUGGAAUACCUUGCGAGUCAAAAAAUCGUUCAUCGAGAUUUAGCAGCAAGAAAUUGUUUGGUUGAUGGCAAUUUAAACAUCAAGAUUGGUGAUUUUGGCUUAGCAAGAGAACUGAAACAAUUUAGUUUGCAUAAAAUGGAGCAACCUACGCAGUUGGCUGUGAAAUGGCUUGCAUUGGAAAGUUUAUUGUACUAUAUCUUUACUGAAAAGAGUGAUGUGUGGUCAUUUGGUAUUGUCUUAUGGGAGUUAGUGACUCUUGGCUCCCAGCCUUAUGCAGGAUUAGAUAAUUAUGAGGUUAUGCCUUAUCUUGAGACUGGUAAGCGUUUGCCCAGACCAUUGCGGUGCCCUGAUGACCUAUACAGUAUUAUGCAGUCCUGCUGGUUACCCACACCGGAAGAACGGCCAACAUUCAGUGUCCUUGUUCACAAAUUAGAAGAUUAUGAACUCCGUCUCCGACCAUCUUGUAUCACAUUUGAAUUUGAUGAGGACACCAUAGAGAUGUCUGAUGGAUUGUUUUAGGUAGUGAAUUUUUUGGUUGUGAAUGUAGUGUUAACAAACACCUGACUUUGCCUACACUAAGCAAAGGUUUAUCUAGCAAAGAGAAUAUCAUGUGUUCAUUGUUCAAACAGUUGAAUUUGACUUGUAUAUAGAGAGAGUAUAUCUUUAAUUAUUCAAAAUUUAUUAAUAUAUGGUCAUUUGACCAUAGGAAACAGAUAUAUAAUAAUAUUAUUAAAUAACUAUAUCAUUUUCUCUCGUCCUAUAUUGCUGAUAGCCAACUAAGUGCAAUGCACCUUAUCAGCUUAGUGAGCUUAUAGGACUAAAGCUCUCAGGUUAAUAUAUUGUAAGAGUGAUAGAUGAGCUAACUGAAAAACACAAAUAAAUCUUUUACUAAAAGGCCUCUUUUAGUUCAUUUAUCACUCAAAGGUAUCUUGAAGAUAAUGCCUACAGCAAACCCCUGUUUGAUACAAAUUUAUAUCAAACAAGUGUAUUUAUAUACAAUACUACAUGUAUAAUUAUUCAACCUUUACCAAUGUAUAUAGUGUAUAUUUUGUACAUAUUCCCUGCUUGUUACUGUGUAGCGAAGACAUUUUCGCAGUGUGUAAUCUAUCUAAAACAGAUGUAAGUUAAAGUUGUCAGGUCAUUGAUGCUAUUUUUGUACAAUAAAAGAUACCCAUACCAUGUAAUGAGUAUACCUGUUAGU